GAUCAUCAACAAUGGCAACCGUUUCGUCGUUCCCCUCUCCGCCGUGGCCAAACCCUAACCCUAACGCCGAUCAUCACUCCGACGAUCACUCCGCUAUAGCCACCACCGUCGACGGAGAUCUGUCGUCACUGCUGCCGCCGAUUAAAACGAACGCUACUCAAGAACAGCAAACUCAAUACAAUCACGAAGACGGCGAUGGGAAUGUUAGAGAAUGGCUUAAUCAGUUUCUUCCAGAUAAUGAAGAUAUUCACGAUGUAACUCAAUUAUCUCAAGAUCUGAUUCCGGCGCCGGCUCCGGUUCCGGUUCAUGACGCUACCCUCAUGUCAAGCCCUCAGAUCAUGGCGCCUGAUUUCCACGAACAUGCUUCUCCUCCUUUACCUCUUUCGUUGCUCCACGUUUCUUUCAAUCAGGAUCACGGUUGUUUUGCUUGCGGGAUCACUCAUGGAUUUAGAAUCUAUAACUGUGAUCCUUUCCGCGAGAUUUUCCGUCGAGAUUUUGAGAACGGAGGCGGCAUUGGGAUAGUGGAGAUGCUAUUUCGUUGCAAUAUACUUGCUUUAGUUGGUGGUGGUCCCGAACCGCAGUAUCCUCCCAACAAGGUUAUGAUUUGGGACGAUCAUAAGAGUCGAUGCAUCGGUGAGCUGUCUUUUCGGUCUGAAGUUCGUGGAGUUCGGCUGAGACGGGACCGAAUUAUUGUUGUUUUGGAGCAGAAGAUAUUCGUUUACAAUUUUGCGGAUUUGAAGUUGUUGCAUCAGAUCGAAACGUUUGCGAAUCCGAAGGGGCUUUGCGAGGUUUCGCAAGGAUCGAGUAAUUUUGUGCUUGUUUCUCUAGGUUUGCAAAAGGGGCAAGUUAGGGUUGAACAUUAUGCUUCGAAGAAAACAAAGUUUAUUCUAGCUCAUGAUUCAAGGAUUGCCUGCUUCACUCUGGCUCAGGAUGGGCAUAUGCUUGCUACAGCUAGCACGAAGGGAACUCUGAUUCGAAUUUUUGAUACUCAUGAUGGGACGCUGUUGCAAGAGGUAAGGAGGGGAGCAGAUAGAGCAGAAAUAUACAGUCUGGCAUUUUCAUCUACUGUCCAGUGGCUGGCAGUCUCAAGUGACAAGGGCACCGUUCAUGUUUUCAGCCUCAAGCUUACUCAAGGAAACCAAGGCGUUGACAAGGCUAUAGAAUCAUCCGACCACAGUGCCCCUGUUUCUUCAUCAAGCUCAUCUCUUUCUUUCAUUAAAGGAGUAUUGCCUAAGUACUUCAGCUCAGAGUGGUCAGUUGCUCAGUUCCGCUUGAUUGAAGGUUCUCAGUACAUUGUUGCAUUUGGCCACCAAAAGAAUACAGUUGUUAUUCUUGGCAUGGAUGGAAGUUUCUAUAGAUGCAAAUUUGAUCCUGCAAGCGGUGGGGAGAUGACGCAACUGGAAUAUCAUAAUUUCGUGAAGCCUGAUGACUCUUUGACGUCUUUGUAAAAGCAAUUAGCUAUAUAGAGUUGUAUAUGUUCUGGUAAGUAAAUUCUAUGAUAUCUAGUACUUGCUAAAAAGUGUAUUAUGAUUAUGAUUAUGAUUAUGUAUAUAUGAUCCACGACACGUAACUUGUAAAACGCUUUCUUUCUUAAAAAGCAGUUGUAAAGAGUCUGAAUGGGCUGAAAUCUUUAAAAUGCAA